AGUCUGGUAUCGUUCACCUAGUGUGACGAGGACUGCGUCUCGCCGCAAAGAAUAAGACAAAUUAAUUUAUUGCUAUUGAGCAGAUCGCUUCGAGAGUUGAUCCAGCGAAUCACAUAAACAUUAGUUUCGCUGUCGUGUAAUUGAUUUUUGUGGUCAACUCAGUUAAAAUAAAGACAUUAAUUAGAGAUGGCUUCUCUCUGGCUGUGGAUUCUUAUGUCGGCUAUUUCAAUAGUAAACGGAGAUAUCGAAGAUGAUUUUCGGGGACUUUAUGAAGUAUAUGACGACUAUCAUCUCUUUCUCGGGCAUGUCAGUGAAACCACGCGGGAUGACAUUGAAUCGGUAGGAAUGGAAUUCAACUGUCACUCUUCUGUUUCACCAGAGAAACCUACAUCAGUUCACAAGCUCCGACCGGGUGAUAUUAAUGUGGUAGCUGGUAUAGGAGAUUCUCUUUCAACUGCAUAUGCCGCUGGAGCUCCUAUAUUUUUACCUGUGAUGCUUAACUACUGGGGUGUAUCAGCGAGCAUUGGGGGUGACAAAAGUUUAUCUUCCGUUGGAACACUGCCUAAUAUCCUGAGGAAAUAUAAUCCUGAUAUUCUUGGUUAUUCUACGGGUGAAGGAAUCGUCUUUACUCAACCCAAGUCAAAAUCAUUCAACCAUGCUGUCGUCGGGGCUAAGGCAAAGGGUUUACCGAAGCAGGCACGUAAGCUGAUCGACGAUCUCCGAGCCCAUUCCGACGUCGAUAUGGAGAAUGAUUGGAAGUUUAUUACUCUAUUCAUCGGAGGUAAUGAUCUCUGUAGCGGAUGCAGCAAAGAAACGUCAGAGCCUCAGGAAUAUUUAGCUUUCAUCGAUGAAACACUGCGUAUCUUCCAUGAUGAGGUCCCGCGAGCAAUAGUGAAUCUUGUUGGAGUCCUAAACGCCUAUAUCUUACCGGAAUUAGACGGUAGUCUUAAAUGUAAUCUUGUUCAUUCAAUUGUAUGCAGUUGUUUACACAAAGAUGGAGGCAAAGAAGCCAUAUACGAACGAGCAAAAGAAUAUCAGAGGGUGGUACAAGAGCAUAUUGAAAGUGGAAAGUUUGAUGAUAAAGAUGAUUUUACUGUGGUUUAUCAGCCUUUCUUCCAUGAGACGAAUAUCCCCAAACAUGCGGAUGGAUCACCGGAUAGUUCUUAUUUUGCUUCCGAUUGUUUUCAUCUCAGUCAAAAGGGACAGGCUGCACAGGCUACAGCUAAUUGGAAUGGACUGUUUGAACCGGUUGGAAGCAAACGCUUAGAAUGGGUUCCAGGUGAAAAACUGAACUGCCCCUCUGAGGAAUUUCCGUACAUUUACACAAAUGUCAAUAGCAAGUCCGAUGGCCUACAACACGGUUACUACCAGUCUGAUGUCAAUGAAAACCCAAACCAAAAGCUCUCGAAACAAACUUUCAUCAUCGUCGGAGUCAUAGGCGGGGUCAUGUUGGUCAUCAUCAUCGCUGCCAUUGUAGUUCGUAUCUCGAAGAAACCUAAUCGAUUGUCUUUAAAUGGCUCCUACCAACGUCUGUGAUAGCUUCUAUGGGAUGUGCAAUUUCAGUUUGAUCGGUUCUUCCAUAACAACAUCGACAACGUCUAGAGCAUCGACGACGGCAACGUGACCUAAUCCCCUCUCCCUUUAUUCAAGACAUUAUUAUGAUAAAAAUGUGGAAGUAGAUAAGGUGUGGUUAAAGGUUUAUGUUGGUCAGCAUUUGAACCUUUCUAUACAAAAUCUAUAAAUCGAGUCUUACGAUCAUUAAAUUGAUUUUACAUAAUUGUAUUCAUAGGUAUUGUGAAGCCAUAAGACCAUAAUCCCAUACAUUCUUCAAAGUAAUCAAUGAUUUGUUGAUCGAUAUGUAUACUACCCCCAAUAGUUAAAACUUCUUAACAAAUUUUAUCAUCAUCUUAUAGGAGGGUGAAAGAACCUAUUAUAACCAGGUCAAAAUGCAUCACAAUAUAUUUCAUUUUUAUACCGUCCUUAAUCAUUUUUCACACUCAUUGUUUACUACUUUCAUCGUGUAAAACCAAGAUAAAUUAACAUUCCAUUAUCAGACAGUAUUAUUUUGUGCAAUGGAUUAUGAGCUAAUUGUAUCAUUGAUAUGUCAAUGUUUUUUUUUCUGUUUAUUUUUGCAAAAAAAUCUAUCAAGCAUAACACUGAUCUAUAUCUGGCGUAAAAUAAGAUUUAUUGAUGUUUUGAAGUUUUGCUCAAUUUUACAAAACAAUCUUUGAGCAUAACCUAAGUAAUAUGUAUAUAAGGAACCCGAUAAUCACACUCGCUAUUUCUUUUGUUUCAAAUUUCAAAUUUUGUAACAUUUUUAUUACAUGCUGAAAUAAUCCAUAAACACGCCGUGUAUUAUGAUUCAUUUAUUAUCAAACCUACAAAAAUAAGACAUUAGAUAUUUUAACUGAAAUACAACAGAAAAUAGGUAAAUUGGCUCUUAUAUACAUUUCACCCAAUUAAUAAUAAUAAAAAAAUACUCAGCAUGAAACCAUUUUGUGAUUCGAGCGAAAUGUCACAACUUCCGUCUAUCCAUACCCCCUCUCCUCUGCCACGGCCCCUCUCUCUCGGCCCUUCCCGAAAGUUCUCCCGCCACUUCUUCAUUUAUGAAUAUGAUGUAACAAUGUUUUCAUUUGCAUUUAUGUAAAACAUAAUGUAUUGUAUAACGUUUAUUUGGAAUGCACAGUUUUUGUUAUGCUACAGUUUUAUUCAUGAAAUUAGUUUACAACAUAUUAAGAUGAAUAGAAUAUAUUUGUUUAUUUAUUUAUCUGAAUAUGUUGUAAAAUAAUUUUCUACAUCACCUAUCCAUGAAAUUAUUUGUAUAUAAGAAUAUGAGAAUAUUAAAAUAAAUUCUGAUGGUGAACAUAGUUUGUAUCAAUUUUUCGAAACUGCUUC